UGAAGACAUGGAGCAGAUGCGCUUCUGGUCAAAUUGCCACCAGUACCGGGUCUUUUCUUUCCAGGAAGUGCUUGACUGAGAUUUUCUUCUGGUUUCCUUUGUUAAUUGCACUUAG